AUUGAGUUUUGUUCUGGACUGAUGUUUGAGUUGAUGAGUUUUCACUUACAAGUCAGAGUAGUUAGGUCAUGCACAUUUAAAAUACAUUUUGCUCAGCAACAGAUAGAUGUUUAUUGUGAAUGCACUACUCUAUGAAUGCACUACUAAUAUUUCUUUAAUGUACCGGCUCAACACAUCUAAAUUUCCUCCUUAGCUACCGAAAUGGUUCGUUGAAACAUUCUGUCCUUCUCAUUCUUUCUGUCCAUUAGAAUACAGGAAAUUAGUGGUUAUCACACUAACUAUGCUACUUCCUCUGCCUCUUUCUCAUCAGUGCUGUAAAAGGAGCUUCAUCUUGCCAUUGUAGUUGACCACUCAUGACCAAUAUCUCUAGUUAGAGGACAUUUCACUGAACGAAAUGAGAAUACAGGUCAUUUUUUGGGUCCUUUUGAUUUUCAAAGGAGCUGCGAUGGGUAGGUUUCAUUUUCUCAAAAUGCAUAAUUUGAUCAAUUUGCAACAUUGUUUGUAAAGUUUAUUCAUUAUGGGAUGAAAAAUCUUAAAAAUGUAGUUCCACCAAGUGAGUGCUGACAUCAGUAGAGCGAUGUCUUGAGGGGCGAGGGUGAGCAGUGGAGUGCAUUGCCUAUUGCUUUUUCUGUGAUGAUGGCACCUGCUGCCUCCAAGUGUUUCUGGAGCUCUUUCCGAGUGGUCCAUGGAUCUUGUUCUAGUUUCUGACUAUUUUUCUUACUCCCUGGUCAAAAAUCUUACGAGGAGCUACUGUGCAUGGCCAGUUGAUGACAGAGUGAUGUUGCUUCUACUUGCGGAUAAUGACCUUAAUGGUGCUUACUGGAGGAUUCAGAAGUUUUGAAAGACGUCUACAUCCGAUUCCAUCAAUAUGUUUUUGCAACAAUAAGGUUGUGAAGGUCUUGGGAGAUCUCUUUUUACCCAUCAUGAGAUGUUUCUUGUGUCACACCUUGUUAACAAAAAGCCUUUUUAUAGACUAUCAAUUUACUAACCCAGCUGAUAUUAAUUUGAACAGAUAGGGUGUAUAAUUACUUGCAGAUUUCAACUGGUUCCUUACCUUGCCUUGGAGAACUGUUUUUUCUUAGCGUGUCAUUCCACUUUAUUACACGUAACUUUAUUUAUGGACUUUCAUUUUGUGAUUUUUUUUUAUAUUUCCAGAUUUCUUGAGUUAAUAACGAUGUCUGGUGAAAUUUUCAUGUGAAUAGCCUCAUUGGAAAUAUAUUUACUGAAAAAAAUGUUGAAGUGUCCGAUACUUAUUUCCCCCACUGUAUAUAAAUGAUAUUACCCUGACAAUAUAAAUGAUAUUUCCCAGACAUGUAUUUGUACAUGAUGAUGAUCAUGAAGUGCCUGUCGCAUCCAUCACAGACAAUUCACCUGUCCAUGGACAAUAUAAUCCUCACAUAAUGCCUGACUGCAAACAAAGUUCUGAACAAUUGUUUUGUGUUUCUCUACCUGUAUUUUAACUUUGUGUUGAUUAUUUUGACUACUCUCUGGAUUUGUCCUUGCUUCUUGUUUUUUGGAUACACUGGUUCUGUCCGAAAUCGCAUACUAUGAUAGUACCUACUGCUUUUGAUUCAGUCCCUAUUGCUUGGCUGUUGAUACAGUAUGUACUGAUCAGUAUAAGUGGUAUGCAUGAAUACAAUCCGGACGUACUACGCGGCGUGGAUUCAGUCACAUUGCAAUAUGGGAUAGCGCAGUAUCCAUAGUGUCCAUUGCUUCCAUACUGCAGAGUUGAGGUGGAAGCAGUAGGUCAUCCAUGUAUUUCUCGCCUACUGUUUUAUGAAUACUGAGAAUUUGGACAUACCUACUACUCGUUUGGCAUACUGCUUUUCGCCUACUGUGUAGUAGGGUAGUACGGAUAUUUUUCUUGGCUUUUGAUUAUGGAUUUUGGACAUGUCCUGAGUCUUGCACCUUAAAGUGAUGUGCAACCCGGAGCUCCAAAAGCAUUCGUUCACACAACGCUGGUCACAACAGAAUUCAUUCUGCCAAAGAUUUAAUUUAUAUUUUAUUUAGCUUUAAAGGAAAACAAAAAUACUGGCACCCUGUCCAGGAUGUAUCCCGCCUUGUGCCCGAUGCUCCCUGGGAUAGGCUCCAGGUUCCCCGUGACACCGAAGAGGAGUAAGCGGUAGAAGAUGGAUGGAUGGAUGGAAAACAAAAAUAACUGUGGGAACAGGUAAACAGACUGUUAAGACAAAAGCAAUUUUUUUAAAAUCCUUGUCUCAUCUUGUGCAGCUGAAUGAAACAUUUUUUAAAUAGCGGGCCAUAGCGGACAAGUGUCUGGGGCUGGGUUUGGGACAGCUUUCCUAACAGUUUUCUUCAAAAAGCAAACCUACUAUUGUGAAAUGUAGCUAUUACUAAAUCAAAAUGUUUAGACAUUUUUAAGAAACUGUAGAUAAAUCACUCUAUAACUCUUCCUGUCUGUAGGUGGGUGUUCAGUCAUCAUUGUCAUGUCUGCAAUUAGUCAAAGAAAAAAACACAGUUGUGAGACUCCUUACUGGAGUAAUAUUUCCCUCAAAACUGCUCUCUCCAUUCACUGUUCUCCCUGUGAAAUGUUUUAUUAGUUCACUCUUUGUUUUUUUUUAGUAUUAUAAACCGAUCAUUUGUAAUUCAAAUGGUUUAUAGUAAUGCACCUGUUCUACUAUGUUAUCGUUUCUAUAGGACCAACUUACACUGGGACUUGUAUGGUGGAUGGUCCUUAUAAUAAUACUAAACGAAUUUGUCAUUUAACAAGAAAAAAACUAAUGGUUGAUAUGGUGAUGCUUUCUGUAAGUAGACUGUUCUGUACCAUUUAUGGAAGGAGUCUAAUAUACUCACUGAGUUCACCUUUUGCUUUACUGACUUUAAGAGAGAGAGAAAAAGACAGGCUCCAGAGGGAACUACUAUUAAUGUCUGCUUUAGCGAUGUGAUGAAAGAAACUAACUUGUUACACAAUAUAGAAUGUUUAAAAAUGGAGAAAAACAUGAAGCAUCAUUUGAUUAAUAAUGAAAUUGCUGUCAAAAUGCUGUGGUGUAAGAAGAAUAACACAAGGAAACAGGCUGCUAAAAGAAAAUAAUCCAAUUUGGGUUGGUAACAGUAACUCAACUUAAUCACACCACUACAUCAUUAAUGAUUUUCCUUUAGCAGCAUGCCCCAUUAUGUCUUAUUCCUUAUAUAAUAAACAAUUUCUACUUUUAAGGCAACUUAUUAACCCAGCUUAAGAAAUUAAUUGUGCAAAAUUCAUGGUACUAAUAAGCACAUUUUAAAUACCAAGCUAAACGAAAGAUGAAUAUAAUGUAAAAUAUAAUAGUAUAGGUCUGUGGCUUUCCAGAUAAAACUUAUAUGAAUAUUUUGACACACAUAUUAAAGUAGAAUGUACCAGUAAAUUAGGCAUGAAGUACUGAAACCACUUGUACCAUUCUAUCCAUUUCAUUAGGUAAGAAAACAGGAAGUGGGCCAUUGCAGAAAUGCAAUCUUUCUUCCUCUUUUUUCCUCACAAGAAUGUUAUUUGUCAUGUAAAACAUUACCCACAGCUUCACCCUGUCUGCACGGUUUCCCAAAGCAGUGUACAUUUCCCUUCAGUUGGUUUGUGGGCUUCUGGGUGUUUUUACCUCUCUUCUCUGGACUUAGCGAGAGAAAAAAAAAAUGCAGGACGUCUUUGGGAUCCUGUUGAUGUUCACAGGAGCUGCAUCAGGUUUGCUGUUUCAGGAUCCUGUUGUAUGUAGAUUUAAUGAGAAUAGUCUGUGUUAUGUAGCUCUGGGACAACAACUGCACCUGCAACUGCCCCUGGAGGAUAGGUUUGACCUAAAGAUCACAGACAAGACAUCUACCGAUCGUUUAAUUUUAAAAUAUAGAAAAACCCAAAGUAACCCACCAAAACCAAAUCACCCAAAAUGGCAGUUUGUUAAAGAUAAUAAAACUAUGAUACUAACCAGUGCAGAGAGGAGCGACUCUGGAACAUACACUUUAGAAACCUUUGAUGCAAACGGGAAUGAUAAAGGCAGUUAUACGCUCCAGCUGAACAUUGAAGCUAAGGUGUCCUCAGUGAGCAUCCAGUACAACUGCUUGUUCCCUGAGGUAAGGAAAGUGCACUGUUCUGCUGAUGGAGACAACCUCCAGUUCAGCUGGACUUCUGAAUCAACCAUACGGUUGGAGAAUGAGAACAGCACUCUCGUACUGGAUAAAAAUAAUGAUGGAAAUGUCACCUGCCAUGUCGAAAAUCACGUCAGCCAUAAAAACAAUUCCAUUGAACUCCACUCAUGUCCCAAUUUCACUCUGAUUAUCCUGAGCUUGGUUUGUGUGCUUCUCAUUGUACUAUCGGUCUUAGCGUUCUACAUAUACAAGAGACUAGGCCUAUGGAAAAAAGGUCAGAAGGCCCCUUCUCAGGAUGGCAAGGAGCUUGUGUAUGCAGACAUCACCCAUUUACCCACGAACAAGACAGAGACAAGACCAACUACAUCACAAGCUCAGGACAAGGACAUGGAGUAUGCCACGGUGGUCACUCAUCCCAGCCAGAGGAACCAGAAGAAGAAUGAGGAAGAGGUGCAGUAUGGGAACCUGGUGUUUAACAUGCCUGACCAAAAAAAGAGCGUGAUGCCCAAAGUCCAAGAAGAGUGUGUGUACUCACAGGUCCAGCAUGGAGCUUCAUCUUGCUAUUGUAGUUUCUCAUCACUCACGACUAAGAUCUCUAACAAGUACAGAGAGGACUGUUCUCUGGACAAAAUGAGAAUACAGGUCAUCUUUGGAAUCCUGCUGAUUUUCACAAAAGCUGCCAUGGCUUUGCUGUUUCAGGAUCCUGUUGUCUGUAGAUUUAAUGAGAGUAGUCAGUGUUAUGUAGCUCUGGGACAACGACUGCACCUGAAAAUGCCCCUGGAGUAUGGGUUUGAACUACAGAUCACAGACAAGACAUCUACCACUCGUUUAAUUUUAAAAUGUAGAAAAACCCAAAGUAACCCACCAAAACCAAAUGACCCAAGAUGGCAGUUUAUUAAAGAUGAUAAAACUAUGAUACUAACCAGUGCAGAGAGGAGCGACUCUGGAACAUACACUUUAGAAACCUUUGAUGCAAACGGGAAUCAUAAAGGCAGUUAUACGCUCCAGCUGAACAUUGAAGCUGAGGUGUCCUCAGUAAAUAUGUGGUACAGCUGUUUGCUCCCUGGAGUCAUGAAAGUUUACUGUUCUGCUGAUGGAGACAACCUCUGUUUCAACUGGACUUCUGAUUUAAACACAUUCCCUCAACUGGAGAACGGGAGCAGCACUGUUGUACUGAAUAAAGACCAUCAUGGAAAUGUCACCUGCCAUGUAGAAAAUCAUGUCAGCCGUGAUCACAAUACCACUGAACUCCACCCAUGUCCUGAACCUACUACUGCAGUAAUCAGUUCCACAACUUCUAAUGAUGGUUUGCUGUUUCAGGAUCCUGUUGUCUGUAGAUUUAAUGAGAGUAGUCUGUGUUAUGUAGCUCUGGGACAACGACUGCACCUACAAAUGCCCCUGGAGUAUGGGUUUGAACUAAAGAUCACAGACAAGACAUCUACCGAUCGUUUAAUUUUAAAAUAUAGAAAAACCCAAAGUAACCCACCAAAACCAAAUCACCCAAAAUGGCAGUUUGUUAAAGAUGAUAAAACUAUGAUACUAACCAGUGCAGAGAGGAGCGACUCUGGAACAUACACUUUAGACAUCUUUGAUGCAAAUGGGAGUACUAAAGGCAGUUAUAGUCUCCAGCUGAAAAUUGAAGCUGAGGUGUCCUCAGUAAAUAUGUGGUACAGCUGCUUGUCCCCUGGAGUCAUGAAAGUGUACUGUUCUGCUGAUGGAGACAACCUCCGCUUCAACUGGACUGCUGAUUUAAACACAUUCCCUCAACUGGAGAACGGGAGCAGCACUGUCGUACUGAAUAAAGACCAUCAUGGAAAUGUCACCUGCCAUGUAGAAAAUCACGUCAGCCGUGACCACAAUACCACUGAACUCCACCCAUGUCCUGAACCUACUACUGCAGUAAUCAGUUCCACAACUUCUAAUGAUGGUUUGCUGUUUCAGGAUCCUGUUGUAUGUAGAUUUAAUGAGAAUAGUCUGUGUUAUGUAGCUCUGGGACAACAACUGCACCUGCAACUGCCCCUGGAGGAUAGGUUUGACCUAAAGAUCACAGACAAGACAUCUACCGAUCGUUUAAUUUUAAAAUAUAGAAAAACCCAAAGUAACCCACCAAAACCAAAUCACCCAAAAUGGCAGUUUGUUAAAGAUAAUAAAACUAUGAUACUAACCAGUGCAGAGAGGAGCGACUCUGGAACAUACACUUUAGAAACCUUUGAUGCAAACGGGAAUGAUAAAGGCAGUUAUACGCUCCAGCUGAACAUUGAAGCUGAGGUGUCCUCAGUGAAAAUGUGGUACAGCUGUUUGCUCCCUGGAGUCAUGAAAGUUUACUGUUCUGCUGAUGGAGACAACCUCCACUUCAACUGGACUUCUGAUUUAAACACAUUCCCUAAACUGGAGAACGGGAGCAGCACUGUCGUACUGAAUAAAAUCCAUCAUUUAAAUGUGACCUGCCAUGUAGAAAAUCAUGUCAGCCAUGACCACAAUACCACUGAACUCCACCCAUGUCCUGUGACCAGUUCUACACAAUCUACUUAUAUGACCAGUUCUACACAAUCUACUUAUGGUUUCAUGGUAUUUGUGUCUGUGUGGAUCUUUGAAGUCAUCAUCCUGCUGUCGCUGUUCGUGGGAGCAUUUUAUAUCUACACCAGAAUCUACAGGCAACAGAUAAUAACCGAUAGUAAGACUCUAAUACUUACUAACCUGGAAAUGUGCACAUUACCAGAAUCCAUUGUCAAGUGUAUAUAUGUCAAAAAGUAAAGACAGAAGAACAUGAGCAGCUAGAAAAUGUAAUGUCUAAAGCUUCUAUGGUGAUGUAAAUGCAGUGAUCACCUGCGUGUCAUUUCCUUCCACAGAUCAGGAAGCAAAGUAAACCUGGAUUAGGAACAGAAGAAGCAAUCCCAAGCAGUUGCUCUCCUCCAUCCCAUUAAUUCAUCCACCCUGAACCACCAGAAAAAUAUAACCAUCAGUAACAGAUGAGGAACAUAGAAAACUAAUUUAAUUCCUCAAUCCACAUCAACUUUUCAAAAACUAAACCAGCCUCAUGAUUCCUGCAGAUUUCUUGAUGAACCAAGUGCUAAUCUUUUAGAGUUGUUUCUCUUAAGCUUUAUUUUUAAUAUUCUAAAAUACAAUUCUUAUUUAUGCAUGACUCUUACUAAUGAUUCAGUUCAUUAUUCACUUUUUAUUAAAUCAGUCUCCUUCAGACAUUAUGUGAUGAGCUUUGUGACCCUGGAGACGGCAGUAUUUAGAGGAUCCAUGUGUGGAAUCAAAAAACAGUCCAGAAAUCAGCGUCUGUAAAGCUUUCCAUGUACAGGGGUACAAAGUUAAAAAAAAUAUUGCAUUUUCUACUAUAAAAUAACUAUAAUAGAAUAUAUGUACAAAUAAUAUUCAAAAGCAUUAUAAAGCAAUAAAGAACAAGUAGUGUCAUACUGUGUCAGUACUUACACACAUAACUGAUUGGCCAUUCUAAGUGUUUGUGUUUGUAAAGCUAAAACUGUAUAGUGUAUAUGUAUAGAGUAAGGGCUGAUUUUGUGUCACUCACUAUAUGUGACUCACUUUCACAGUUUAAACUGAGUUUUGUUUGUAAUAUGAAUUUAUUGGGUAUA